CGUUUUAUGGCCCGCGGGCCACAUCCGGCCCGCGAGGCGUCCCUGUCCGGCCCGCGGACCAUCAGUCCAAAAAACAAGUACUUUAGUGUGGAUGCGACGCAACGGUCUUUUAUGUUGAAAGGGCUUGACGCGUUUUUUACAAGCGCGCGCAGCACGUACGUGCACGCACGUGCACGCUGCUAUCUGUCUCCCCCAGUCUGCCCAGUGACAGGUCAGGUCACGCAGCGAGCAUAUUUUCCGCCCAAAAUGUCAACACAUAAAAAAAGGAAAGUUGAUUCUGAGGGUCGCGUAUUCAACAAGGCUUGGACAGAGAAAUAUUUGUUCACAGAAGUCAAAGGUAAAGCCCUAUGUUUGGUUUGUGGCGCACAAGUUGCUGUGUUAAAGGAUUACAAUCUGAAUCGUCACUACGCGACCAAGCAUGAGGAGAAAUACAAAAACUUUUCUGAUAAAGAGCGCGCCACUGAGUCGUCAGUUUUGCUAGCCAAGCUGCAAUCUCAACAAACACUUUUGAGAAAACGCUUGCCAUCUAGAGCUGCUGCGGUCAAGACAAGUUUUGUUAUCUCUCACAAGAUAGCAAGAAAGAGUAAACCCUUUUCUGAUGGGGAGUUCAUUAAAGAAUGUUUACUGGACUCAUCCGCGAUCAUUUGCCCGGACAAAACGGGCGCUUUUGAGAGCGUUCCACUAUCGCGCCGCACUGUGACGCGGAGAGUUGAGGACAUCGCAAAAAACCUGGAGGGACAACUAAAGGAGAUGGCAAAGGGCGUUGACUUCUUCUCCCUGGCUCUGGAUGAGAGCAGUGAUGUACGGGACACCGCCCAGCUGCUCAUCUUCGUCCGCGGGAUCAACGCAGGCUUCGCAGUGACAGAGGAGCUGGCGGGCAUGCGAUCAAUGAAAGGGACAACAACAGGGGGUGAUCUCUUUACGGAGGUAAAUGCAUGUCUGGAAAAUUUGGGACUGCAAUGGGACAAACUGGUGGGAGUGACAACAGACGGCUGCCCAAAUCUGACAGGAAAAAACAUUGGUCUAUUGAAGAGAAUACAAGAUAAAGUGGGAGAAAUUAACCCUGAACAAAAGUUAACUUUUUUGCAUUGUAUAAUACACCAGGAAGUGUUAUGCAAAUCCGUGUUGAAUGUGAAUCACGUAGUGGAAGUUGUAACAAAAACUGUAAACUUCAUAAGAGCAAGAGCUCUUAAUCAUAGACAAUUUCUUUCACUUUUAGAAGAAUGUGAGACUGAGCACCGUGACAUUAGCUACCAUACAGCUGUGAGGUGGCUCAGCUUGGGAAAAGUGCUGAGAAGCUUCUGGGACCUGAGAAGCGAGAUUAAGGAGUUCUGUGAGAGGAAGGGAAAGGACAUCCCCCAGCUUUCAGAGGCCGACUGGUUGGCAGAUCUUUCUUUUACUGUAGAUGUGACUGCUCAAAUGAAUGAACUAAAUGUGAAACUGCAAAGCAAGGGACUUUUUGUAUUUCAAAUGUACAGUGCAGUCAAGGCUUUCAGUAGGAAGUUGCAGCUUCUUUCAAGCCAGCUGAGGGAUAAUAUUCUCACUCACAUGCCAACACUAAAGCAAGCUACACCAUCAGCAGAUCAGCUCCUGAGGUACUCAUCCAUGUUAGAUGCACUGCACAAUGAGUUUUCAAGGAGAUUCCAAGACUUCAAAAUAGUUGAGAGUGAGAUGAACAUGGUUUCUUCGCCCUUCACUUGUAGUGUUGAAGAUGCAUGUAGUGAUGUUCAGAUGGAACUUAUUGAUCUGCAGGCUGACACACUUUUGGCAGAGCACUUUAGUCAGUCUCACUGCUUCAGUUUUACUCUUCACUAA